AAUGCAUUGUAACAUCAGUAAUUGUUUCAACAAUUGAUAAGAAAACAAACCCAUUAUUGUUCACAUAUGCUAUCUGACAAACAUUUUAAAGUAAUUCAUAAAGAUUUGAAGACACUUCUUGAAAGAUUUCUGUGAGAUAAACCAUUAAAUAAGAACUAUGGCAGCACCUCCUGUACCAGAAUCCAAUGCUGGUUAUAUUGUAGACAUCAAAAACCAGAAAGAAAAUUUCACGAAGUUGCAUCGUGCAUGUUGGUUGGGUAACGAGAGCGAUGUUAGGAAUUGUUUGAAGUCAAUACCCGUGAACAGCAAAGAUGAUGAAAAUCGAAGUCCAUUACAUUUGGCAGCAGCAAAAGGAAAUAUUGCAGUCAUUGAAAUGCUGCUUGAAAAAGAUCCUGAUGUAAAUGAUCAGGAUAUCAAUGGGAAGACUCCACUAAUAAAAGCCAUUGAGGGUUAUCAUGAAAAAACCGUACAUUCGCUGAUCGAAGCAGAUGCAGAUGUUAAUCUGAAAGACAGAGGAGGAAAUACAGCGAUUCAUAUAGCGCUCAAUACUGGCCAAUACGAUGUUGCACAAUAUCUACUUCAGUAUACAACUGAAGUUAAUACUGCUAAUAAAAAUGGAAUUACUGCGCUUCACAUCUUAGCUGAAACUAAACGCGUUAAGCUAGCAAAAAAAUUUAUACAUCAUGGAGCCAGUGUGGAAUCAAAAGAUAAAAAACUGAGAACCCCUCUCAUGCUCGCUUGUAAGAAAGGUUAUUUUCCUAUGAUAUCGCUUCUUCUGAAGAAUAGGGCAGAUGUAACUGCAGAAGACGCCAAGGGAUGGACUGCUUCUGAUUAUGCCUCGAUUGUGGGAAAUACACUAGUAAUAAAUAUCUUAGAGCAAUAUGCUAGAAGUGGUAUAAGUACAUUUAAUGAUGAUAAAGAAUCGAAGAAUAGCACAACUACAGAUGAAAGCGAAGAGACAGAAGAUAUAAAACGCAAAAGGAAAAGAAAGCAUAAAACUCCAACCGAGAGAACUGUUCCUAUUUUAUUGGAAACAGAUGAAGUUUUAUUUCAAAGAGAAAAGGCAAAGAAACGGCAUCAUCAUAAAAAGGGAGAAAAAUAUCAAUCAGAAAUCGGUAUUCAUAAAUCUACAUCGAAACUACACGAGCAAAAAAUUGAAGAUGAGGGAAAAACAGAAGAUCAACCUUUACCUGUUCCAGAUAUUGUAGCAGCUAUGCAGUUAUCUGCUAAUCAGUUGGGAGAUAUUCAAUCAUGGCUUAAUCGUCAGCAAGAUAUUGCUCAAAAAAAGAGAGAGCAAUGCGAACAGUUAAAAGUACAUGUAAAAAGACUUUUAGCCGAAAAAGAACAGCUAAUCGCUACUAAAGAAAAUUUGAAAAAAAAUAUCACAAAACUGAAGGAAAGUUUUGAGAAUGUUGCUAGUAAAACAGAAGCUGAAGUUUUGCGGAAUGAAUUGAUUGCUUUAAGAGAAGGUUUGGACGAUUUACAAACAGAACAUAAUAGGAUUCAAAAAGAAAAAGAGGAACUAGAACAAAAGUUAGAUGAGCAACAAAGGAUUAAAAAAAAAUCAGGUGGAGCCCUAGCAGAUAAAGCAGAACUGAUAAAAAAUGAAAAUCAAGCCGUUCAAGAUAAAUUAGCUGAUAUUGAAAAUCAUAUUCGACCAAUUAUCGAGGAUUUAAGUAAAAAAUGCAAAAUGGCAAAUGAGUUAGUGAAUCAUCUAAAAAUUUUGUUGCGAGGCACUUACAAACUUUUAGAAGAAAAGCACGGACAAAUAAAUAAAGUUAUGGAUGAAUUAAUAGUACAAGAAAACCUAAUAAACGAUACCAAAGAAAGUUACCAGCAAAUCAAAGAAGAGACUAUGCAAGUGAAAAAAAAUAUUGAAGAAGUGGGAACGAAAAUGACUUUGGUGAAAAAAUAUUUAAUAAAAGUUCAAAAACAGAUGGAAAAACAGUCACUGAUGAAAAAGCUUGUGAGCGCCGGAGUGAUGAAUGAACAAGGUGAAGGUAUAAAAACUGAUGCCAUUCAAACUGGAGAAAGCGAAAAACCCAUGAAAAAGGUUGGGCCCUCAAAACAGAAAGGAGAAUCAGAAGAGUCUAAGAAGAAUAAUAAACUCAAAAGUAUAAGAAUUAAAGAUAAAGAUUCGAAAGAAGUCGAUGAAUUGGAAGUCGAACCAGAAAUAAAAGAAUUGGCAGCUCAGAAAAUGGAUCCUACAGGUUUAAUGUUUGCAAAUGUGGAUGCUCCAACGGUAUGCAAGACGUCAACCCAAGCUGUUCGAUAUUCGUGGAUAGAUGAAAAAGAUGAAGAUACAUUGGAAGAUCUUAAUAUCUAUCGUAAACAUUACCCUUCCGAUAAAGCAUCAGCUCCUCAUCCUUAUAGCAAUGACGCAGGGGUUUCUGGCACCGAAAUUGGGUUCACUACUCAAUACGAAUUACCAGCCUCUCUUCAUGCAAAAUUGGCUUGCGUCAUUGCUAAAUAUAGUUAUUGUGAUGAAAAUGACGAAAAAAACGACAUAAAUUCUUAGCAAAUUUAAUUAAAAUCGAAAAAUUAUUCGGAUUUGUAAAAUAAAAUUAAAAAAAAAAAACAAAAUUUUUAGCCAGUUAAAAUUACUAUAUCACUUUAUUAAAUCGAACAAAUUUGAUAAAAUUCGUAUGUACAAUCAACAAAAUUCUGCGAUAUCUAACUAAUUGCCGUAACCAGUAGCCUUUAACAACAUACCUGUGUCAACCUUUGACUCCGUCUGACAACGAACAGAAAGCUCAAAGGUCGACAGGAUGAACCUUGAGAUAACUGAGAAUUGAGACAAUUUUUCUUUCAUAUAUAAACUAUAAUUUAAUUGUUAAUUCAAUAUUUAAAAAUUAAUAUUAAAAAAAAAAUGUAAACUCUGACGCGAUUGAAAUUAGCAUACUUAAUUUCCUGUGAUUUAAUUCUUAUAAUUCAUUCCACAAUUGUAAAUAGAUAUAAAAAUUUCACCAUAUCGCGUAAUUUUGAAUUUAGGACAUCGCAUAGCCCUCAUUUCAAUCAUCAAGUAUCUGAAAUUUGAAUGGGAAAAAAUGAAAGUGCCUGUGUAAUAUAAAAUUUUACCCUAAAUUGAAAAAAGAUUUAUUUAGAUUAUUUUUUUACUAAUAAUAUACAUUUCAAAGUUUAAUAAAAAUGAGUAUCUACUAAUUAGUGUUUCAUGUUAAUCAUCUUAAUUAUAAAUGAAAUUGUUAAAUAAUUCGGAACAGUUGUUUU